UAUACAUACACCGGGUGUUCUGAUGUUUAAUCAAUAGUUAAGUGUCUAGUUAAAUGACCGUAUACUGUGACUGUUCAGUUUUACAGCAGCUUUGAAGUUUCAAUGGCAUUAGUGUUUAACUUUUACGGGGUAAGGUUGCUAGCUUCAUGUCCCCCCCCACACCUUGCUUUUUUAUCGGCUAAGCUAGGUUGAGGAGUACAUUGUAUGAGGAUGUAAACCCACCCAGUGGACCACGUGGGUGAUUGACGAGCAUUCUACCAGUAAACCAUUGAUUUCAUGAUACAUAGUCAUUAUUAUAUUACAUUGCACAACCACGACAUAAUUGUGAAACAAUUUAUAUCUAUCUGUACACGUAAUUCAAGCUGCUCUCUUUUUUCACUAUUUGCUAAAAUAGAUGUCGUUCACUGCUGGUAACUAUUGGCUUCAACGUACUAUAACACUGAAAAGACAAUCACGUGGAUGUCACUAUAUUACAGAUGAAAUUAAAAAAGCUUUACCAGAAAUUAGACAAGUACAAAUGGGAAUUUUACAUCUUUUCAUUCAGCAUACAUCAGCGACUUUAACAGUGAAUGAAAGUUGGGAUCCGUCUGUCAAGAAAGAUAUGGAAAUGCUCCUCAAUCGCCUUGUGCCUGAGUCAUUACAAUAUCAGCACUCUUGUGAAGGUCCUGAUGAUAUGCCGGCGCAUGCUAAACAAGCCCUACUAGGUGGACCGAGUACCACAGUACCUAUUAUGAAUGGUGAAUUGGCUUUAGGCACUUGGCAAGGGAUAUGGCUUUGUGAACAUAGAAAUUCCGGUGGUUCACGUAAUAUAGUCGCUACUAUUCAAGGAUGUCUUCAACAAUAG